AUGUUUCAGUACUCGACAGCCAGCAAUAUGAACGGCAUGAAGACACAGUCACCGACACUGACAAUGGCCAACAAUGACAGCGACCCUCUCCCUCUCGGCUGGGAAGUCAAAAUUGACCCUCAGACUGGAUGGCCCUUCUUUGUGGAUCACCAUAACCGCACGACCACCUGGAAUGACCCGCGACACGACACGAAGAAGGUCAGGGAAGUGUCAUCAAAUGGUCCCAACAUACCACCAGAACCCAGCCCUCAGGAGACUCAGAAAACCUUUGUGAGGGAGAUGAAGCACCCCAUUUUGCGCCCAGGUUACGUCCCUAUCCCUGUCUUCCAUGACGGCGCAGAACUGAAGCAGCAGCAGCAUCCAUGUUAUUCCUACAUCCAGCCAACUAUUGCACAGAAUAUCCGGUCGGACGGGCGGACACCUUCCCCGACGCCGGGGCUCCACUGCAGGCCCAGAUCACCCCUACAUGGAUCUACAGAUAGCUGCUCCCCUGAGCCUGGAAAGGCCAGCUCGCCUGUUUCACAAACAGCAGAGGUUUACACUGCCCCACAUCACCAACCCUCACGCCCCAGCAGCACUGGUUUUCAAGCAGGUUACAUCCCCAUCCGUGUGAUCCAUGAGGGUGGAGGAAGUCAAACACCAACACAGGCUCAGUUAAAUCCCUCCGUCUACUCUCAGCGCAUCCCCUACCCAGAGCACCACCAGCCCCUCCAUCGCCAUCAGACCGACGAAUGGCCCGGGUACUCUGCGGCAAUGCAGCCUCCCCGGGAGAGAGCUUCUCCGAUCCUGAAUCCUCAACAUCGAGAUGCUACUUCUAUUCACCUCCAACCUCAUAUUAGAUGCCAGUCACCUAUUAUAACACAGGUGAUGGGAGAGAGACCGCAGGCUCAGCAGCAUGUCCUCACUAGAGACCCGCCCCAGAAAAUGGAGCAGGAACAACACACCACUCAGCAGAAACCCGAGAACACGCAGCUCCCCCACCCACCGCACACAGAAGUUGACUUCCAAAAGCCUCAACAACCUCAACAGUUCCAACAGCCUCCACCUCCGCAACCUCAAAAGUUCCAACAGCCUCCACCCCCGCAACCUCAACAGUUCCAACAGCCUCCAUCUCUGCAACCUCAACCGUUUCAGCAACCUCAGCAGUUUCAGCAACCUCAGCAGUAUCAGCAGGCACAACCUCAAUCCCCACAGCCUCAGUAUCCUGAACAGUUCCAGCAGCCGCAGCAACAGUUCCGGCAGCCGCAGCAACAGUUCCCGCAGCCGCAGCAACAGUUCCCGCAGCCGCAGCAACAGUUCCAGCAGCCGCAGCAACAGUUCCCGCAGCCGCAGCAACAGUUCCAGCAGCCGCAGCAACAGUUCCAGCAGCCGCAGAAAGUGGAGCAACCACAACAACAUACUGCAGAUAUCACAGUACAAAUACCUCCCAAACCCGAGGCUGAGGACACAACAGUUGUUCCCCCAGAGGUCCCACCUGUGAAGGUUGAGGCUGAACAUGCUGCUCAGAGCCCAGUGCAUCCAGGCUUGGCUAAAGUACAGCAGAUUGUUGCAAGGGUUGCUAAACUGGAGCAGGAUGUGAAAUGUUUUGAGGGAAAGAAGAAUGGUAAGAAAUACUUGUUACUGGAGGAGAUGCUGACCAAAGAGCUCUUAGCACUGGACUCUGUUGACCCAGAAGGUCGUGUAGACAUACGGCAGGUGAGGCGGGAUGGAGUCCGGCGUGUUCAGAACAUACUGGAAGCACUGGAGCAGCUGGAGGAGCGGCCAUCUAGGGAAAUGGCGAUGGAGGGAGACAACCAGAUGCAGAAAGGAGAGCCCAGAAUGAUCUCCAAGGAGAAUGUAGAGCUGGCAAAGGAGAUCUCAUAAUGACUUCACACUUCACACUGAAGAGGAGAGCAGGAUGACCUGCUGUAUAUUUGAUAGUGAACAAGUCUGUUUCGGCUAUCUCUACUCCUCUUCUUACAGCAUUUGUGGAAGUUGCAUGCAUUGAUUAACAGUGUUGGUAUUUCCUGCCAUUCAGCACAUAAUUGAUGGUAGCUCAGUGCAAUCAUGUUUUCAAGCCAAUGUUGUUGCCUUCUAUGUUGUGCCAACGUCUUCAUAAUAAGACAGCUGUCAUGAUCAAGGUGUUGUCAACAAUUUCUAGUCAAAUUGAAGUUGAAAUAAGAGGCCUUUAUCAAUAAAUGGAAGAAGAGUUUAAGUAUUUUCUUAAGAAGUGUUAUGUGUGGCUGCCUUUUGUCUUGAUCAUAUAUUGUAUGCAGCUUUUCUUAAUCCAGUCAGAAAAUCGGUUAGUACACAAGUGCAAACAUUGGGCUUUAAAGCAGAGUUCAGUCAACAGAGAAAAGCAUUUUCCCCCUUUAUAGCCACAUGGUCGUGUUGGAGCUGCUUUGUCACAGAGCACAGUGAAUAUGUUUAUUAGAUGCUGCUUUUUGGCACAUUACUGAUUUUGCCGUCUUUGCACUUUGCCAUCAUUGAAAUGUAUCAUGCUGAAAGAUCAUGGGCACUUCAUUUGAAAUAUACAAGUUACAUUUUUUGAUUGAUUUGUUUGAGUGUUUGUAUGUGCAUUGGUUUACUUGUUAUUUCAAAAAAGAUAUCAGUAUGUAUAUCCUUAUAUAGUAUUUUGGUACAUUUAUGAAUGUGUAAUGACAAAUUGAGGUCAGAUGUGGACCUUACUCGAGAUGUCGGACAAUCAGCACCUGGUGCUAAUGAGGAAUCAUAGUUUAAGAUUGUCAGAAUGUAUAACCACCACAGCCACAAUCUGUAAUAACGCUGACACAAUCCUUCAAAAUGUCAACUGUGAGAAAGUGCCCGGUUCUUAAAAAGAUGAAGCAAGGAAAUUCCAAUCUGUAAUAUUAAAAAGGUUCAAAAAUAUUCUUAAGAUCUCACUAAUCAGUUGUGUCCUAAUUUGUCACUUUGAUAAUCAUAAGCCAUCUGUAAGGUAGGGUCUCUGCCGAACCCACCCUUACAAAAUGAUAGAUUGUGGUAUAGUGUUUGUUAUUCACUGUUUAUGAAUAGCAGACUGAUGCAUUGUUGAAAGCAAAUCACGUUGGUAUGUUUGAAAAUAAAAUUUAUUUGACAAGGA